AAGGGCGGAGCCUGGCUCAGGGGCCACGUCUAGCGAGCUGUUCUCCUAAUAUGGGUAGGGUCGGGCGUGGAGCUGGCAGCUGAGCUGUGUGCGCCUGCGCGGGACGCCGAGACAGGGCGUGUUCGCUGUUCAGUGCCGGUGUUGCGGGGAGCGAGGGCAUCUCUCGCAGCCGGAGUGCGUCCUGCUGAAGCCUGUGGUUGCACGCCCACCCUCUUAGGGGCUGCCUUCCUCGACCAUGUCCAAGUCUCUGAAGAAGUUGGUGGAGGAGAGCCGGGAGAAGAACCAGCCCGAAGUGGACAUGAGUGACCGGGGCAUCUCCAACAUGCUGGAUGUCAACGGCCUCUUUACCUUAUCCCAUAUCACACAACUGGUCCUCAGCCAUAACAAGUUAACAACGGUGCCACCCAACAUCGCAGAACUGAAGAAUUUGGAAGUGCUCAACUUUUUUAAUAACCAGAUCGAAGAGCUGCCCACACAGAUCAGCAGCCUUCAAAAACUCAAACACCUGAACCUCGGCAUGAACAGGCUGAACACUUUGCCACGCGGCUUUGGCUCCCUGCCAGCUCUUGAGGUUCUGGACUUGACUUACAACAACUUGAGCGAAAAUUCUCUACCUGGAAACUUCUUCUACCUGACCACCCUGCGUGCACUCUAUCUAAGUGACAACGAUUUUGAAAUCCUGCCGCCAGAUAUUGGGAAGCUCACAAAGUUGCAGAUACUCAGCCUUAGGGAUAAUGACCUGAUCUCGCUGCCUAAGGAAAUCGGGGAGCUUACCCAGCUUAAAGAGCUCCAUAUUCAGGGGAACCGCCUCACCGUUCUGCCCCCAGAACUAGGAAACUUGGAUUUAACUGGUCAGAAGCAGGUAUUCAAAGCAGAGAACAAUCCCUGGGUGACCCCCAUUGCAGACCAGUUCCAGCUUGGUGUGUCCCAUGUGUUUGAGUAUAUCCGUUCUGAGACAUACAAAUACCUCUAUGGCAGACACAUGCAGGCCAACCCAGAACCACCAAAGAAGAAUAAUGACAAAUCAAAGAAGAUCAGCCGGAAACCCCUGGCAGCCAAGAACAGAUAAGGAAGGGGUUGGCAUCGGCUGGCCUUCCAGCACCUUCUCUCUCCAACACUUCAUUCUCUCUUGCUCCGUCUCUCAAAUAAACACAAUGCGUGUGUGGCCUUUUUUAUUUUUCUUUUCACUCUCUAAUGCUUCCCACCUUGCCUUUUAGAUUCUUUUGGUAGGUGGGAGAUUGUUGUAAGGUCUUUAAACCAUUUCCAUUUGUUUCUUUAAAAUUACCAAAAGCAGGGAACAAAGCUCUUAUUCAACUGCAGAUUCCAUAGUGGGCUCAGGCUUUUCUUGAACAGACAUCACAAGGUUGCUUAUUAUCAAAAGAAUAAUUAAAAUCAUGUAACCAUUUAAAUGUCACUGUUCACACUUUUCACUCUUUCUGUUGAUUCACACAACUCAUUAUUUUGCUUUAUUAAAAAUCUUCUUCACCACCGAGAUAUGUUAAUUUAACUUACAAAUGAUUUUAAUAAAAUCUUGAGUUUGUAUCACAUGUUACUUUUCGACCCAGAAUAAAAGAACAGUCUGAUCUUGGGGUAUAACACAUUUUCAUUUACUUUUCUCCCCCAAAAUCAUCUUGUCCAAUUUUAUUGGUUAUACAUGAUAAACUUUUCAUGAAAGAAAUGCAAAAUUAAAUCACAGUUCGUUUCUUCUCACAUUAAUUUGUCAAGUUUUUUUUUUUCUUUGAAGACUUUUUCUAAAUUAGGAAGCAGAAAAACAAAUCUCUAGGAGAUUCUGCCAAAGGAUUUUGGAAAGUAGCAUUCCUUCGCCGAAGAAAUGGUGAUUUCUGCCAGGGGCUGGUAGACAAGAACUGUGAAAGGGGAGAGAAAAAACCUCAACUAUGUUUUUUGUCAUGGCAGAAAAUCUGCUCACAUCAAAGCGUUCUUCUAAGUGACUUCGAUGCCAAGGAAGUUGUGUAAAUGUGCACAGGCUACACCACACCCGGGGUAGAAAUCACAGUUGCAGAGUCAUUGAACAAUCAAUUGUUUAACAUCUGUGAGAGGCAGCUUUCCUUCUCAACAGUGAAACCUAUGACAAUGAAAAUAAAUGGAAGCUCAGGUUUUGUGCUCACUGAAAGGGCUGCCAACCCCAGAAGGCCUCCAAAAAAAAAAAAAAAAAA